AUGACAAGUUUAAACGGUGAUGCGUUCGUUAUGCGAAACGGUCGCUCCACAAGCCAAGUAUCAAUCUAUAAUUAUCCCGAACACUUAAAUCCAUUCUACGAAGAUGAACAACAUAAACGUCUACGUUUCUGGAAAAUAAAUAAAUCCAAUGACGGGAGCGGUCGACGAAGCAGUUUUUCUUUGGGUGGUCUCAAAGAUGUGUGGACAUUCAAGUCAUUUCGACUCAAGAAGAAAUCCUCAACAUUGGGAAUAAACAAAACAUCGGAAAGCCCACCACCACUACGUCGAGAUCUUCAACCAUAUAACACAUUGAAUGGCAAUGAUCUUAGUCUGCCCGAUUAUCGAACGCGUUACUCUACACCAGCAGGCAUCAAUGAAAGUUUUCAACGCAAUGCGGCAUACAGGAGUUCACUGCAGAAUGUAGCUUCUGCAAAGGAUAACGGCGGCUCACAUUUGGAUUUCAAUCGAAAUAAUCAGUAUCGCAGCACCAUACAGGUGAUGGGCACAAAAUCCAACAAUCACAACAAUAACAAUUCACGCACAACACCGGUGCCACAACCAAGAAGGUAUGUGUACGGUGGAUCUGUGACGCCACAGCCACUACGUAAUUCAGAUAUCGGUGCAGGCAUUGGUCUAUCACAUGGAUCAUCGCAAAUUAGUAUGGCAAGCACAAAUCCAUUCGAAACUGACGAUGAUGACGAGGAAAAUAAUGAAGAUAUUUCUCUAGCCGGUGACAGGGAGAUGAUUACUUCAACGCCAUAUAAACAACGAAUACACCGCAAAAAACGUCGUGCACCUGCGCCACCAACCGUUGGGGUUCACAAAGCAUACACGUCUGCUGAUACUAGUCUCGAUAUGUCACAAGCACCACAACCGCUUCCUGAACUGCGCAUAGAAGAAUGCAUGGAUAUUGCGAAUCUUACAGCUGCUAUAGAAAACUUCGUAAAAACCACAAAUGAUGACACAGCAGAACCAGCUUUAGCCGUUACAACAAAUCAACAGAUGGAACACGAACAUACUUCUGGUACUGUCGUAAUUAAACAAAAUGGAACGGCUAACCCAGUUCGUGAGGAUACUGUGCCAAGUUCAAGUCAAGUAACGCCAAACGCCCCUACAAAAGCGGAUAAAGAAAAGUCCGUUGAAUGUGUUACGACUGAAACGAAAGUAAGCUUGGAAACUAACAGCUCAGUUGCACAAAUCCCUGCAAUUCAACCACAACCUAACAAGGAGCCAGAAGUGGGACAUGUGGAAUGUAUACAUGUACACACGGGUAUUCCACAAACACCAACAGCAACUAAACGAUCCAGCGAAGUCAACCAGCUGACAAGCUUCCGAGCUACUCAAACUCGUUCGCCCGAACCACAACAGUCGAUUACAGCGAAAACAUCAUUUACACUUACCACACCGCCCACAACACGGCGAGAUUCCAUCAAGAAAGCUAAAAUCACAUUACAAACUACGGAAACGCUAAAAUUCCCAGAAACUGAAGAGUUACGGAUUACCGAAGAUUCCACCUCACCACGAGCUACUAAAUCUCCAAAUGGUGUGAAGCCCGCUGUGGCCGCUAAACCACAUAUUGCUGAAAUUCAUAAACCAUCCAGAGGUAUUGUUGCAAACACCACAACAGGCGAACAUAAGGAAUCAGUCAGAGAACAUCGCGAACCACCAAUAAGUCCAGUGCCACCCAUACGUCAAAGCACACUUACAAAAAACACGCAAAAAUCCGUCACAAAUGAAGCCGACGCAGAGCGAUCAUUAAACAUCGAACCACAAAAUACCGAAAAUACUGUGGUAAAAACCGAAGCGGCGCCAACUACAUCCACACACCCGCUAACGAUCACGGAAUCGCAUGAAAAUUUACUUGAGAAAGUAGAAACCGUUAAUAACGAGGUUAAGGACAAUGCAGUUACAACUGUGACAACAACUACGCACCAAACACAAUUACCCACAGAGUUGCGAGAAGAAGUGCUCGAGUCAUUAUAUCGACCAAAACCGACCACAUCAUAUCUGGAAUGGAAGAAAUCUUCGCUGGCACCUCUCGAAAAGAAUGUGCCACCAGAAAAACGUAAGUCCGUCAAGGAUAUCAUUGAAUCGAUCAACCGAAGUCAACGUCUGUUACACGCAUCCGCACAUAAGGAGACACCACACAACGGUUCGAGUCUAUCCCUUGGACCGACUAGCGGUAAUGGUACGCCUUUGCCACAGCGCAAAUUUAGUGGUCAGUUGGCGAGUCAAAGAAAUAUCACAACGGAACUUAAUGGUAAUACCACAGCAUCUGGUCCACAAAACGAAGAAUUACCAACCACAUCAACGGCAGCUGUAACGUCUUUAGAUAACAAUGAUAAUGUGAACGGCGAUGGUAGUGGCAUUGCUCAAGAUCCCCAAAAGCUCAACAACAAUGAAAUAUUUAAGAAAUGUACAGUGAAGAAAGAGGUGCAGUAUGACUACAGAGAACAAUCGCCAACAGCUUCCAAUCUAGAUUGGAAUCCUGUGCCCAAACCGAAACGUAACAAGAACUUGUCGGAACAAUGA